UAUGUAUAAUUAAGAAUUAUAAAAGUGAUACCAUAGAGGUAUUACUCCAAUUAAUUCUCCUCCCUUCUCAACCAUCGAACCCAUCAUGAGUUGAAUAGUUGAUUAAUACCACUUCUCCAAUCACAAUUUUAUUAGUGUCUAGUAUCAAAGAACAUAAAGUUUGCAGCUUUUUUAUUUGUUGCUUACCUUUCCACAACCUUCCCUCCUUCACCUCCCCUCGACCACUUUCCCAUAAAAAAUCAUCUUUGCUAUGCAAACUGCUCAUACAUUUCACCUGAAUCAACAAAUAAACCACUACCCAACAACUAACUUCUCAAAUUAUCAUUCUUUUUGUUGAAAUUUCCCCAAUUUCAAUGCCAUUAGAAUUGGAGCAUUGCACCAACAAUGCUAAUAGAACUAGCAUCAUUCAUAACAACAAGGUUAUGGAUUUAAGUAACAGAAUUCCCCAAAUUCAAAAGAGGAAAAAAUGGUUCUUUUUAUUGGUAUUGCUUCCACUUUUAGUCUUACUAUCUCUUUUCACAUCAUACAAUUCAAAAACCCAAUUUUACAAAACUUCAUUUAAUCAAAAUUCUGUCUUGAAAACCCCUGAAUUUGUAGAAACAAAGAUGAGAAUUUCAGGCACUUCUAAAAACUCAGUUCCUAAAAUAGCUUAUUUGAUAUCUGGUUCUAGAGGUGAUGGUGAUAGUUUGAAAAGAACAUUGAAAGCUCUUUAUCAUCCAUGGAAUCAAUAUGCUGUUCAUUUGGAUUUAGAGGCUCCUCCUGAUGAAAGAUUGGAUUUAAUGGAUUUUGUGGAGAAAGAAAGUGUUUUUAGAGAAGUGGGAAAUGUUAGAGUUGUGGCAAAGAGUAAUUUGGUAACUUAUAGAGGGCCCACAAUGGUGAGUAAUACUCUUCAUGCUAUGGCAAUUUUGUUGAAGGAAGGUGGGAGCUGGGAUUGGUUUAUCAAUUUGAGUGCUUCUGAUUAUCCUCUUGUUACUCAGGAUGAUUUGCUGCAUGUAUUAUCAAGCGUACCGAGAGAACUUAAUUUUAUCGAGCAUACUAGUGACAUCGGGUGGAAAGAGUUCCAGAGAGCAAGACCUAUUUUAAUUGACCCCGGUUUCUACAGCUCUCAAAAAUCCGAUGUCUUUUGGGUACCUGAAAAACGAGGCCUACCUACCGCAUUCAAAUUAUACACAGGUUCUGCUUGGAUGAUGCUUUCUCGGCCUUUUGUUGAGUACUGCAUAUGGGGUUGGGAUAACCUUCCUAGGACCGUUCUUAUGUACUAUGCCAAUUUUCUUUCCUCGCCUGAAGGGUAUUUCCAUACUGUAAUCUGCAAUGUUGAGGAGUUCAAGAACACAACAGUGAAUCACGACCUUCAUUUCAUUUCAUGGGAUAAUCCUCCGAAACAACACCCACAUUUUCUAACAUUUGAAGAUUACGACAGAAUGGUGAACAGCAACGCACCCUUUGCAAGGAAGUUCGGCAGAAAGGAAGCAGUACUGGAUAAGAUCGACUCUGAGCUUCUACGAAGCAAUGCCAACGGAUUUGUGCAUGGAAAAUGGUUGGUGACGGAAAAUGAGAAUGAUACUGUCGGUUCAUUGUCGUUUAGAGUUAUAAAUAACACUUCUGAAAUUCAGCCUGGUCCUGGUGCCAAUAGGCUCAAAUCUUUUGUCGAAAAACUUUUAUCUAAAGAAAAUUUUCAUCCAAGGCAAUGCACCUUGGUUAAAUUAUGAUUAGUCUGCCAUUUCACAGGGGAUUCUCGAACAAAUUGAUGCAUAGAAAGAAAUAAAGAAGCAGCCAUAGAGUUGGUACUUGGGUGAAUCAGAGAUAUGUAUACUGGUUAGUUCACUUGACAUGCUUUGUUCUUGGGUUAGAUUCUGAGAUACAAAAUCAGUUGAUCAAACUUUGUAUAUGGGCUGAUUUAUUAGUAUGUUUCUGUGAAUCUCGGUUUGAUCCGUAUAAUAUGGUUCAUACUUCAACUCCCCGAUUCUAAAGAAUUGAUCAAAUUUGAGCAUGUACGAGAAGCCCAAAAUUUAGGUCUGUGGGUAGAUUAGAUACGCAAACUGACAACUCUUCUCGCCCUACCUCAUAUAUGGCCAACAUGAGCACGAGUCAUGAUGACAAGAACGUUGUCAUCUUGUCCCGCUGGUUCCAGGAGUUGAAAUCGUUGCGCUUCUCGUUAUCAUGUUAUAGGAAACUAGGUAGUUACUCAUGUCAUACAUGGAAUCAUUUGCAUUUUGUAUUUUAAAAAGUAUUGUAUUAAUAUAAAAACAAAAAACAAAAUAGGACAAUAAAACGAGUAUAUAUUAAUAUUAUACACUGAAAAGUUUCUAAAUAAUUUUGAUCCCAUUGUUGUAAAUAAUU